CUAUUUGUUUUUCAGUAUGGAUUUAUAAAUACAUGCCUGAAGUCCCUGGUGGUUGAAAAGUAUGGUGAAGAAACAUGGGAAAAAUUAAGGCUCCAGGCUGGAGUUGAGGACAGUUUUCUGACUUUUGAAGUUUACAAAGAUGAGGUUACAAUGCAACUCAUUGAUAAAGCCUGCAAAAUACUAGGUAGUCCUGCUGACACGGUACUGAGGCAGUUUGGAGAGUAUUUCUUUGAAUUUUGCAAGCGUUCUGGCUAUGACCACAUGCUGAGAACGCUGGGCGGAAAUCUCCACGAGUUCAUAGAGAACCUGGAUGCGCUGCACAGCUACCUCUCCCUUUCUUACCAGGAGAUGAAUGCACCAUCUUUUAGAGUUGAAAAGAAUGGAGAUGGAUCAAUGCAUUUACAUUACUAUUCAGACAGAAGAGGCCUGUGCCACAUUGUUCCAGGAAUCAUUGGUGCAGCAGCCCUGGAUUUUUUUAACAUUGAUAUUUCAAUGGAAAUAGUCAAUCAGGCAGAAGAAGAAGAACACAUUGGGAAAAAAGAACACAUUGUUUUCCUUGUCACUCAAAACCCUGUAUUUUCAUACAAAGAAAGAAAGAAACUUUCUUCCUCACCUCAGUAUCUUGCUGGCUCUGAAAAAAAAAUUGAAAGCCACCUGAGUAAAGAGGUCCUUGAAAAAGCUGAUACAGUUAGAGGUAGAGGAAGCCCCAUCUGUCCUGUCAAGAAAAGUCACUGGAAAAAAAUCAGAGGAAUGAUUGCACUAGGAAGAGGUAAACUUUUGAGAGGAUUUGAUCCUGUCUAUCCCAAGAGUCUCUGGAUUGACCCCAAAACAUUUUGCAAUGGACUUCCUUUUCAUAUGGUUUUUGACAAAGAGCUCAGGGUGAAGCAAGCUGGGGUGAGCAUUCAGAAGAUUGUUCCUGGCCUUCAGACCAUGGGCAUCUGCCUGGAUCACUAUUUCAAUAUCACUCAUCCAGAAGUACCCUUCACCAUCUCCAGCAUUCAGAAAUUUAUCAAUAGCCAAUUUGUUUUCCAGACUAGGAGGGAGAUGAUGCCAGAGUCAUGGAAACAGCGGCCAAUGCUAGAGCUGAGAGGCCAGAUGAUCUGGAUGGAGCCCAUGCAGUGCAUGCUCUACCUCUGCUCCCCUUUGCUUCGCACUUUGCACGAGCUGGAAGAGCGACAGAUGCACAUUGCAGACAUUGCCCCGCAUGAUGUGACCAGGGACUUGAUUCUCCUCAAUCAGCAGCGGCUGGCGGAGAUGGAGCUCUCUAACCAGCUGGAGAGAAAGAAGGAAGAGCUGCGGAUACUCUCGAAGCAUCUGGAAGAAGAAAAGAAAAAGACUGAAGCUCUGCUCUAUGCCAUGCUUCCUCAGCACGUGGCCAACCAGCUCAAGGAGGGAAAGCGAGUUGAGGCAGGAGAGUUCAAAGAGUGCACCAUACUGUUCAGUGAUGUUGUGACCUUUACCAGCAUCUGUGCCCAAUGUGAGCCUAUCCAGAUAGUCCUCAUGUUGAAUUCGAUGUACCUGCUAUUUGACAGACUGACCACAGUACAUGAUGUGUACAAGGUGGAGACGAUUGGAGAUGCCUAUAUGGUAGUUGGUGGAGUCCCUGUGCCUGUAUCCUCUCAUGCUGAGCGGGUUGCUAACUUUGCCUUGGGGAUGAUAAUAGCUGCAAAAGGAGUAAAGAACCCGGUUUCCAGGACUCCUAUCCAAAUUAGAGUUGGGAUUCAUACAGGUCCUGUCUUGGCUGGAGUUGUUGGAGAAAAGAUGCCUCGUUAUUGCUUAUUUGGAGACACAGUGAAUAUAGCCUCCCGGAUGGAGAGUCAUGGUGUCCCCAGUAAAAUUCAUCUAAGCUCCAGCGCCUAUCAGUGCCUAAAAUACAAGAAUUUUGAGAUGACUGAAAGAGGAGAAAUAGAAGUGAAAGGCAAGGGGAAAAUGCACACCUACUUCCUGGUUAGGAAUAAAGCUGCAACUGAGAAUGAGAUUAUGGGGAGGCCACCGAAAGAGUCAGAUUCUGGUCAUGACUCCGCUCAGUCCUUUGAAGAGGGCAGGGCUGAAACAGUACCAAGUUCUCAUCAGCCAGUUACACGAGCUCAGCCAGAGAAGGACCAGCCACCAGCUGUUGCAAUGAAGUAUACUGAUGGUCCCACAGAUGCACAAGACAGCCUCAGAGGAAGAGAUCAAGCAAAAACUGCAGAUACAACAGGCAAAACUGAUGAUUCCAAAAGCUGCGGGAGUCUCCAUGGUAACCAGCAUUCAGAGGAUGAUCCUUGUCCUCUAGACCAAGGACAAGUCAAACCAGCUGCUGAAGAGCCACACUUAAGAGAUGUCCGCUCUAAUUUUUGCAAUUUACUCUAAGUUUCUGACUUACAUUAAACAGAGCCAUUUUUGUCAUGAUUUACUACAUUUUGCUGUAGUGGGACUGAUUUUGUAUAUCAAGCAGCACAUAUUAUUG